AUGAAGCUGGGCAGUAAACUGACUGGAAAACACCAACAGCAGAUCUGCACAGUGUUUGGAGAUCUGUUUGGAGCUCGAGCUGCCUUGUCUUUAGCGUGUGCAGCGACUAGUGUUUUCUUCGUGCUGCUGGCCAUAGCUGACCAUCCUUUCCUUCUGUUCAUUCACAAACUCCCAACAGUUUUCAUGCACGUUCUCCCUGCAUGUCAAAUGGUCGUCACAGAUCUUUCAGAACCGGAGAAACGGGCCGAUGCUCUGUCCAAACUCGGUUUGUGUUUUGGCAUCGGGAUGAUCGCCGGCUCCACGUUAGGAGGAAAACUGAACACACUCUAUGGGGAGACGGUCACUGCGCUUGUUGGUGCUGCAGGCAGCACCUUCAGUUUAUUGCUGGUUUUAAACUUCAUCCCCAAAUCUACUAAAGCUGAGACCUCCAUAAGCAACACUAAAACUGAGAACCACAACAAGAAAAUAUUUAGUGUGGGAGAGAUCACCAGGCUGAUGAAGUUUCCAAGAGUGACGAGGAUUUUUCUGAUUAAAAUCAUUGCAGGUUUGCCUUCAGGCAUAUUUCAGGUGAUGUUCUCCAUCAUCGCUCUGGACUUCUUCAAGCUUGAACCUGAGCAGAACGGAUACCUGAUGGCGUACUUUGGCAUCGUUCAAAUGGUUGUUCAGGGAGGAGUGAUCGGUCGGCUCACAGCGAGAUAUCAAGAGAAAUCACUGCUGCUCCUGUCCAUCGGAGUCUCUGCUGCCGUGGGACUAGCGCAGGCCUACAUGCAGAACGUGUUCCAGCUCUGCCUCACCGUCACACCAAUGAUCUUUUCCCUCAGCGUGUUUAACAUCAUCACAGACAGCAUGCUCACCAAGAGCGUCCCGUCCUCCGACACAGGAACUAUGCUGGGACUGUGUGCAUCGGUUCAGUCCCUGAUUCGCACGAUUGGACCGACGAUUGGCGGCUUCCUGUACGUGAACUACGGCCUUCCUUCUAUAGGUCUGAUCAAGUGCUGUGUGAACGCCGCUGUGUUCGCUUACCUGCUGCGCCCCGAGAAGAUAGAGAAGCAGAUGGAAUGAAAUCUUGUUCAGUUCUUAAAAAAUACAUUUUGCCUUAUGUUUUUUUACUUGAGGAGAUGUACAAUAAAUAUAGACAAGCUUUUAUACAACUUUAUGCACAUGUGGCUGUCCUUUCAGUUUGGUCACUUAUGAACUGUCACAAAACCACUAGAUGGCAGCAAAGCCUGGACUUUAAUCACAUGCUCUUCAGCUGUACAAAGUAUUUUAAAUAAACU